ACGCACUCCCUCUGAGAGUGUUGUACUCUGCCUCGUCGAGGUUUCGUUCCACGUUCGAAGCGUUGGUCUCAAAAUCUGGUCGAUCCUUUUCCGGAUUUGAGUCGCAGGAACCCGAAAGCUGAACGUGGGUACGGAAGAAGCAGUUUCAAGGCCUGCGUGAGACGAUGGUUAAGCCAUCGAAAAAUAAGCUCACGAAGCAGCAGAAAUCCAAACAAUACAGGCCGCCGGGUAAAAGGAAGGAAGGAAAUGUAGCCAAGUACACCACUCGUAAUAAGGCUUUGAAUCGUCUGCAAAUCAAACUACCCGAAUUCAGGCGCCUGUGCAUUCUGAAGGGAAUCCAUCCCCGUGAACCGAAGAAGAAAUUUGAGGGACAUAACAAGACUUAUUACCAUGUCAAGGACAUCAACUUUCUCGCCCACGAGCCUCUGUUGGAAAAGGGCAGGGAACUCAAGGUCUAUGACAGGAAAAUCAAGAAGGCUAAAGCCAAGAAAAAUAAAGAACUUGCACAGCGGUUUGACAGGCUGCGACCUGCCUACAGUCUAGAUCAUUUGGUCAAAGAGAGGUACCCGUCGUUUAUCGAUGCUCUUCGGGAUAUGGAUGAUCCUCUAACCAUGCUCCACCUUUUUGCCACGCUGCCGGCAGACAAUGUUCACAAAAUUCCCGUCGAACGAGUCCAAAUCGCUCGAAGGUUGAGUUUGGAAUGGCAAGCUUACAUCACUCGAACCCACUCUUUACGAAAGGUUUUUGUCUCGGUGAAGGGAAUAUACUACCAGGCAGACGUUACUGGUCAAAAGAUAACCUGGCUUACUCCUCAUGUUCUGAGUCAAGUUCUUCCAAAUGAUGUGGAUUUCCGUGUCAUGCUUACCUUCGUGGAGUUCUAUGAGACUUUAGUUGGGUUCGUAAACUUCAAGCUUUAUCACGCCCUGGGCCUCAACUACCCACCAGUCAUCGACGAACGUCUAGAAAAAGCUACUGCAGGAGUAGAAGAGUUGAUGGAGGUUGUGAAUUCCGAGGGAACAAUAGAGGAACAAGAAGACGAGGAGACGAUCAGGUGCAAGACUUUGUUCAAGGACUUCAAAAUCUUUUUAGCCCGUGAGGUUCCUAGGGAUUCUCUCCUGUUCACAAUUCGAGCUUUUGGAGGAACGGUUUCCUGGGAUGGAGAUGGUGCACCUAUUGAGGAGUCCGAUGAAACCAUAACUCAUCAGAUUGUCGACAGACCAACCCAGGGUCAUAAGUUUUUGUCUAGAGAUUAUGUGCAACCUCAGUGGGUGUAUGACUGCUGCAACGCUCGAAUUCUGCUUCCCACUGACGCCUACGUGCUUGGAAGAGUACCUCCUCCACACUUGUCACCGUUUGUGGAUAACGAGGCCGAAGGCUACAUUCCUGAGUAUGGGGAGACUAUCAAGAGGCUGCAGGCUGCAUCAGCUAAACAUGUCCUUCCUCUGCCCGGAGCUGAAGAAGAAAUGGACGAUGUGAACAAAUCCGAGGAAGCAGCUGCCAUUCGUCGUAGUGAAGCAGCAGAGAUUGCCGCGAAGGAACAACAGGCCAUGCUACUGGAAAAAACGUACACCGAGGAGCUCUCGAAGGAAAUUGCAGGAGUGCCUUAUUCGUCUACCCUAGAAGAGCCAGAGGAGAAGGAUGCCAUGUCAGAUGAUGCACAAGAAACAAGGCCGCCGACUAUGACACCUACUGGGGCUGACGACGAAACUGCAACCCUCGCGCAAAUGAUGAUGCCAAAGAAGACGAAAAAGUUGUACGAAGCAAUGCAGAUGGGUCUUGGGAAGAAGAAGGCAAGUGUGGAACUGCUCAAACAAAGAAAGAAAAAGGCAGACGAGAAAAAGUCGGCAAAGUCACAAAGGGCUUGAGCCACAAGAUUCAAUUAUUUUUUGUCAUCUGUCUCGAUAUUUUUCUUUUGUGCUCGCACGAGUCAAAUGUAGGUAGAACCAAUGACUUCAUUCGCCGCGUACUUCUCAUUUUUGGGGGUUUGAAGUAUUUUUCAUGCAGUCUCUAAAUUUUACAAAGACUCUGCAUGUAGGUCAUCUCUUUAUGUAUUAUAUUAAUGCGGUCAGGUCGUCUAGAGGUCGGAGACCACACAAGCUAUUUAGUUUGAAUGAGAGGGAUCUAGGAACUUUAGCUGGAAGAUCUUGAGGCCCUGUAAGAUCUAUACAGGUCGACUCUUCGAGUAUUCUUCAGAACGGACAGGAGGUACCUUCAAUUUACAAAGAACUACUAGAGUUGGGGUUUUAACCGAAUCCUUUGUAAAAGAUCUCUUUCACAGAUUUCUGUGUCGAGUACAAAUUGCCACCGUGCAUUCACAGAAAUAUAGGAUCUUGAAGUGUAUUCUAUGC